AUGGAGGUGGGCUCCUCGGCGCGAUCGCGACCGACGGCGCUGUCAGUGUCGGUGGCGUCAGCUCCUAGCGAGGCUUCGGGAGUUGCGCACACGCGACGGCCGUCAGCCAGCGGGAAUGUUCCCGGCUCACCUCCCAGCACCUUUUCCAACCGAUCCCGAUCUCGUUCCCUCUCGAAUCUGGCGGCGGUCAUGGGCGCCUCCACUCUCCUCCGCCAUCUCUUCCCGUCGUCCGUACCUCCCCCACUCCCCUUUGCUCCCCUCUUCGUCCCUUUCCCUCCACACACGCUUGGUCUCCUUCGCCCGAAAAAUGCUCCUUCCUUUUUCACUCUCCCUCAUCCCUCUGCUCCCCCCUUCUCCUUCCUUCCUCUCCUUCAUCCCUCUCCCCCACCCCCUCUUUCAACCCUCAUCCCUCAUCUCACUCCCCAUCUCUCUCCUUCCUCCUUCAUCCCUCAUUCCUCGUCCCUCUCCCUCAUCCAACUCCCGCAUCAAUUUCCUAACUGCUUCUCUCUCAUCCCUCCCACUCCCCCUUCCGUCUCCUUCAUCCCUCUCCCCAUUCCCUUUCCGUCAUCCCUCUCCCCCAUCCCUCUCCAUAGGCCUGGAGUGGAGCAGUCGGUUCGGUCUCCUUCAAGGACUGACUCGGUACUGGUUCUAGCUAGCGGUUUGAGAAAAGGGUUAUCUAGUCCGCCUAGGAAAGAGUCUGACGGAAGUGAAGCUGGUGAUUCUAGCAGCGGUGACAGUAACGGUAGUGACGCAAGCGGUGGUGACGCUAGUGGGGGUGAUACUGAAGGCGGUGACAGUAUCGAAAGUGCAGCGGAUAACGGGGGACAGGAGACGGAUGGAGGUGACAAAGAAGGGGGUAAUGAAAAGGAAGAGGAUGUUUUAAAGGGGGCGACUGAAGCUUCUUAUACUGCCGCCAGCAGCAGCAGCAGCAGCACCGGAAGCAGCAGCGACAGUAGCAGCAGCAGCAGCGACAGUAGCAGCAGCAGCAGCGAACCCUCUUCUGCCUCCACCUCCUUCCCCACUUCCUCCCCUUCCUCCGCCUCCUCCCCCGCCGCCACCUCCGCCCCCGCCGACUCCUCCGCCCCCCCCGCCGUCCCCGCCCCCGUCCCCGCUGCCCCCGCCGCCCCGCUGUGCGACCUGUACCACGGGCGGUGGGUGCGCACGCGGCAGCGCGCGCUCUAUUCGGGGGAGAGGUGCGGGUGGAUUUCGACCAACUGGGCUUGCGCGCGCAGCAACCGCCCGCGCGAGAUGCGCGGGUACGAGCGCCUGCGCUGGCAGCCGCGCGGGUGCAACGUGAAGCGGUUCAACGCGGAGGGCUUUUUCCGCAGUCCACUCUUUUCCCUGCCCCGAUUUUACCCUUUUCCCUGCCCCGAUUUCACCCCUUUCCCUGCCCCGAUUUCACCCCUUUCCCUGCCCCGAUUUCACCCCUUUCCCUGCCCCGAUUUCACCCCUUUCCCUGCCCCGAUUUCACCCCUUUCCCUGCCCCGAUUUCACCCCUUUCCCUGCCCCGAUUUCACCCCUUUCCCUGCCCCGAUUUCACCCUUUCCCUGCCCCGAUUUCACCCCUUUCCUUGCCCCGAUUUCAACCCCAUGCACAUUCAGAAUGCGCAACAAGCGCAUUGCCUUUGAUGCGCAACAAGAGCAUUGCCUUUGUGGGGGACUCGCUGGGCCAGCAGCAGUUCCAGUCGCUGCUCUGCCUGCUCUCCCCAAAAGGCCCGCCUAA